ACUGUUGUCUGCACUAUCCGGUGCUUUGACCCUACUCUCUCCAGGAUCACCUCAUUCUCUCUACCAACUGCCAUUUUCCACGCAAAUUCUCUUUGCUCAAGUGUUUUUGAGCAGAUCCAAUUAUUCUCAGGAUAUAGUUUGUUUUUUAUCUCUCAUUAUGGCAUCGAAGAAGAGUACAGCAAAACGUAAGCGUGUUGCACUUACAAUAUUAGAAAAGGUUGAAAUCAUAAAUAAACUAGAUCAAGGAUCUUCAGUGAAAACGUUGUGUGAGGCAUAUGGUGUGGGAAUCACAACAAUUUAUGACAUCAAGAAGCAGCGUGAAAAGCUAUUUAAAUUCUGUGCUGAAAGCGACACAGUUCAAGGAAUUAGUGAGCGUAAAAUGCUACGACGUGCUAAGUCUGCUGACCAUGAUGAUGCCCUGUAUAAGUGGUUCAGACAACGUCGUAGCGAGGGACUCCCUAUUUCGGGGACAAUGCUUAUGGAAAAGGCCAAACAAUUUCAUAAUGAUAUGAAGAUUAAUUCUGUGUGCGAGUACUCUCAAGGCUGGUUGCAGAGGUUUAAGCAUAGGCAUGGAAUUCACCUGAAGGCGACUGGUGAAAAGAGCUCUGCAAAUACAGAGGCUGUCAAAUGUUACAUAACUGACUUUGCAAAGUUGAUGAAAGAUGAGGAUCUUAGCCCUGAACAAAUAUAUAAUGUGGAUGAGACAGAUAUUUUCUGGAGAUGUUUGCCACAACACAGGCCUGUUGGUACAGAGGAAAUGAUGGUACAUGAUUACAAGGAAUCAACAGAAAGACUAACUGUGCUUGCAUGCACAAAUGCUGCUGGAACACAUAAGUGUAAACUUUUGGUUGUUGGUAAAAGUCCUAAGCCUCGUGUUUUCAAAGGGAUGAAAAUUAUGCCGGUGCUUUAUGAAGCUAAUAAAUGUUCGUGUGUUACCGAGGAAAUAUUGAGCGACUGGUUCCAUAAUCAUUUUGUUCCAGAGGCUCGUGCACACUGUCAAAAGGUUGGUUUGGCUGCAGAUUGCAAAAUUGUUCUUCUUUUAGACAACUGUACACCUCAUCCGCCUAGAGAGCAAUUAGAUGCUGACAAUGUCUUCCCUACCUAUCUACCCCCUAGUUGUACUUCUUUAAUUCAGCCAAUGGACCAAGGAGUUAUUAGGUCAAUGAAAAGUCACUACAGGAAGAGUUUCUUACGUCGUCUUGUGACCAGCUACAAUACUGGUGGUAUUGAUGCCUUUAAGACUGCCCUCAGUCUCAAAGAUGCUAUAUGGUGUUUGACAAAUGCAUGGGACAGUGUAACGAGGAGAACCUUACAAAAUGCCUGGCGUAAAUUGUGUCCUGAAAUUAUAUUGAAUGAUGAGGACAUGGGUGAAAGCUCUGACGCCUUUAGUUUAAGUGAAACCAAGGCAAUGGUGACUGACCUCUUGUGUUGUACCAAGCAAAUGGGAAGUGACUUGGAUGAGGAAGACAUUUUGGCGUGGUUAAAUGGUGAAGAUAAUACUUCAGUUGUACAACAAGUAACAGAUUCAGAGAUAAUUGAGGGUGUUUUACACUACAAGUCUGAGGAUAGUGACAACAGUGAUGAAGAAGACAAUGUUACUGGGGAUAAGAUUACCUUGGAAGAGGGAAUCAGUCUAGCUUCCCGCUUCAUUCGUUUUCUUGAGCAACAAAGUUUUGUAAGCCAGCAAGAUGUAAUGCACAUACACAGGAUCCAAGAGAAGUUGAUAAAUGAGCAGCCGAAACACAUGAAACAAAUGAGGUUGCAGCAAAUGUUUGAUGAAGUUGGAAAAUCCUUUGCGCACACACCAUUAGCAUCACUGAGCUCGAUCCCAUCAACCAGUGGACUCGAUGACACAAAGGACCCAGAGUUGACUGCUUUUGCCGUCAAUUAUCAUCCACUCUCUCCUACACCUCUUCUAAAUAUUGGUGAAAUAAAGCAAUGUAUGGAAUAACUUGUUCCCUUUAAGCCAUCAACAACAUUUUGAUAAAAUACUUUGGAACUGGACGCAUGAAUAAUCAUAUUUGAAUAAGUAAAAUAACAUUUAUAAAGGAAAAACAGAAUUGAUCAGUAUUUUAUGUUUCAUGAAAUUUUUUAUAUCCGUGAUGUUUUCCAAUCAUAUUACUUGUGAUUCAGAAUUCUAAUACCCAUUGUCCAGAAAUAGCUUGGUCACAAACAUUGUAGACUCGAAAGGUUGCAGUAUGGCUUAAUCAGAGCUUUAUAAGGGUUCAGCAUAAAUUCAUUUUGUAUUUUUGUAUACUUCUGUUUAUGAAGAUGAAGAUCUGAUAUACUUUGCUAACCAUUCUUUCAAUAUGUCUGAAACCUUCAAUGGUAUAUGCAUAUGUACAUGAUGUUCUCAUUGUUCAUGCACUUAUUUAGAUUAUGCCAUUAAGUCCAUAUUGCCUCUUAGACCUAUGCAAAAAUGUAUCACCUCUCUCUUUUUUGUAUUAAAAUUCUAUCUCCCAGUUGUUUGCUAGAUGAUGUCCUUGUUCGUGGUAUCACUGUUGGCCACACCACCUAUUACUUUUCUGCACUGUAUUUAUCAGAGUGCUGUGGUUUCAGCCAUUGAGCCCUGGGGUAACCCUACAGCACAUGCAGUUUGGAGUUUCUUUCUGACCCUUAACCAUCUUUAUACCCAUGUAACCCACUGUCCUUUUGAAUUUUGUUAAAAAGUACAUCAGACCUUUCAAAAGUCCAUUUACACAGUCUGCAUCAAGGAACCUUAGUCAAACAUGAUUUCCUUUUCAAAAAGCUAAUGUUUAUUCACCCAAAUUUUUCC